CGAGGCGCGCCAGUCUACCGCUCAGCGGCGUGAGCGACGUGCGUGUUGCUACGUUAAUUAAUUCACCGCUUUUUACGAACGCAUCAGUUUAACAUUGGCGGGAAAGUUUAUUUGACAGUUCAUUUUUUUUAAUCAAAAUGAGUCUGGAGCUAAGGAAUAAAAAAGUUACCGACGUAUUCGAGAAGUAUAAAAUUGCUGAAUGGGGCAAUGGGAAUACCAGAACGUGCGCUCAAGUGGCAACAAAUGUCGUUGAACAGAAGCACCAGGUGUCCAGAGCCAAGAGGAGUCGAGCUCUUGGUAGCCGAGCCUUCAGGGGCAGUACUGUGUGGUUCACAGGCCUCAGCGGUGCCGGCAAGACCAGUAUAGCCUUCGCACUUGAAGCUUACCUGGUUUCCAAAGGGAUUCCUGCCUACGGCCUCGAUGGCGACAACAUAAGGACCGGUCUGAACAAGAACCUGGGCUUCAGCAAGGAGGAUCGAGAGGAGAACAUCAGACGAGUGGCUGAGGUCGCCAAACUCUUUGCUGAUAGCGGUGUUGUGUGUCUAUGCAGUUUUGUUUCUCCGUUUGCUGAGGACCGUGAAGUGGCUCGUCGUAUCCACACGGACUCCGACUUGCCUUUCUUCGAGGUGUUCAUCGACACUCCGCUCGAGGUUUGCGAGCAGAGAGACACUAAAGGUCUCUACAAGAAGGCCAGAGAGGGACAGAUUAAGGGCUUCACAGGCAUCACUCAGGAGUAUGAGAGGCCCGAAGCGCCGGAGCUGGUGGUGCAGACGGUGGGACAAUCCAUCGAGGAGUCCACCAUGCAUGUCGUGCGCCUUCUUGAAUCACAGAGUAUCAUCCCCUGUUUCGAGAACAGCAGCAAAAGCGUUGAAGAGCUGUUCAUCUACGGUAACAGGCUGACCAGUGCCAUCGAGGAGGCUGCCAGACUGCCGCAAAUCGAUAUCAACACUCUCGACUUGCAGUGGGUUCAGGUUCUGUCUGAAGGUUGGGCGUACCCGCUGAAAGGAUUUAUGAGAGAACAUGAAUAUCUACAGGCCCUCCACUCCAACUGCCUUUCCCUCCCCGACGGCUCCCUAAUCAACCAAUCAGUGCCCGUCGUCCUGCCAGUCGACACCGAUGUCAAGGAUCGCUUGACAGGCGCCAACGCUAUCGCUCUGUCGUACAAUGGCAAAGCGGUGGCAGUACUCCGGUCGCCCGAGUUCUACCCUCAUAGGAAGGAGGAAAGGUGUUCAAGACAGUUCGGGAUCGAUCAUCCUGAACAUCCUUAUAUUAAGAUGAUAAAGGAGGCCGGUGACUGGUUAGUGGGCGGUAACCUGGAAGUGUUCGAGCGUAUCCGUUGGAACGACGGCCUGGACUCGUACCGGCUAACGCCCAACGAACUGCGGAACAAGUUCAAGGAACUCGGCGCUGAUGCUGUGUUCGCUUUCCAGUUGCGUAACCCCAUUCACAACGGGCACGCGCUGCUCAUGCAGGACACUCAUCGCCAGCUUGUAGAGAGGGGAUUCAAGAAACCCGUACUCCUACUACAUCCUCUUGGUGGUUGGACAAAGGAUGAUGAUGUGCCGUUAGAAGUGAGGAUCAACCAGCACAAGGCGGUCUUGAACGAGGGUGUGUUGGACCCUCAGGCCACUGUGCUCGCGAUCUUCCCAUCACCCAUGAUGUAUGCGGGACCUACUGAGGUCCAAUGGCACGCGAAGUGCCGCAUGAACGCGGGCGCCAACCACUACAUAGUGGGGCGCGACCCGGCCGGCCUGCCGCACCCCGCGGGCGGCGGCGACCUGUUCGACCCGCGACACGGCGCCAUGCUGCUCAAGGUGGCGCCCGGACUCAACGAGCUAGAGAUCAUUCCAUUCCGUGUGGCCGCUUAUGACACAUCUGUCGGCAAAAUGGCUUUCUUCGACCCAACGCGCAAGGAAGACUUCGACUUCAUCUCAGGAACUAGGAUGAGAGGUCUCGCGAAAUCUGGUAAGGAGCCGCUAAAGGGCUUCAUGGCCCCAACAGCUUGGAAGGUAUUAUCGGAAUACUACCAGUCCCUGAAAUCCAAGAUGGACACCAACUAAACUGUCAAUGAGCAGCUAUUUUAUAAGUAUUAUUUUAUUAACUGUCAUAAUAUAACGGCCUCAUUACGUAACACCAGAUUUCAUCAAAAUACUUGUUACCGGAACUCUUGUCUUAAGUUAUAUCGGCCUAUACAUGCCCCACUGAUGCUGGUCUAUGAACGUUUGUUGACUUGUCAUAAUACCGAUAGGGAUUGUCUCAAAAUAGCAUAUGACGACCCAAUUUAAGAGCUCUAGUUGGUGAUUGUUUCAAAAAUAUACCUUAAUGCUGUAAAAAUAAGGUCGGUUUUAAAACAAGCGAGUAAUUAGGGGUCGUUUUUUGAAGCAAAAAGGUUUUUAUACAAUGAUGAAAUCUGGCAACGGUGUCUAUCGUAUUAAGAUAGUAGAUUUACCAUACUCUGUAUACAAGUGAGAUUUUAACUAUUUAGAAUUCAAAGAGCGAAUUGCAGUUAUAUUUUAAAAUAAUCUUGACAUUUUAUUUAUUUAUUUUGAGUACUUAAAUUUUCUUAUCGUACUUUGUCAUAAUGUGUCAUUAUACUGUGCAAUAUUUUUGUGAUUUAAUUUUAUAAUAUAUAUCAUUUUUUUCAUAUGUUGUGAUACACAUUCCUUCGUCUUUUUAAUGUGUUUUAUACACAUUCCAUUUAUUUAUGUAAACGUAUAUUGCUUCAGAAGUUACGUACGUAAAUAUAAAAUAAAUCUGUAUGUUUGACUUAUUUAUAAUUUUUAAAUGAAUUUAUAAUGAAACUUCUGUGAAAUUAUAUAAUUUGAUUUUUAUUAUUCAUAAGUUUAGUUUUAGGUGCCGGUUACCUAUGACAAAUAUUUUAUUUACAAUUACUUCACAGUAACACUAUAUUAAUAAUGUUAAUGUUUUUAUGCUAACACAACAUUGUACAAUCAAGUACAAAAUUCGGUAAACAGAAAGAAAAUUUUAAAAGAACCAUACACAUUUAAAUUCAUUGAUAUUUUUGUACUAUUAGGUAUUAAAAAGCUUGAUACCUAAUAAAGGUAAACACACUAAUCAUCACUUCAUACUGUCACCAAAUAAUACUUAGCCUCAUUAAAAUUCUAAUUUUAUUAACUGGCUGUUUCUGACUGAACUGACACGAAUUUCAACAGUUUGAUAUAUUUCUACUGGUAAAAUCCUGUUGUUUACUUACACUUAAUGCAGUAAAUCAUGUAUGCAAUAAAAACAUUGACGCCAAUUGACUUUGUUUCGUCAAUUGCAUAAUAAUUAAAAUUAACAAAGUUGAAAUUGGCAUUGUCGCUUAAAACUAUCUAUUUAUUUAUAUUAAAAGAUCAUUGACAUUUAUAUCCAAGUUCGUCAUCAUUAUCUACAAAUAUACACUAACCCACUUUUAAAAACUAAAAUUUUGUAUAUAAUACCCGUUACCAAGUAAAUUAAUUUGAAACGUAUCCUAUCAAACAUUCUAUGAAAACAAGACACUAUUUUAAACACAAAACGCUUUUAUGUCACAAAUUAGGUAGUAGACAAAUACUUGUAGAACUAACAAUCUAUAGUAGUACAUAUGUAUUUUAUUUUUACUGGUUUCAAAUAUAUUGAACCCACUAAAAGACGGACUGUUGACGUUGUGGGAAAGAGACGAAGCUAUAAGAUCUGUAGUGCUCCAUCUCCCUUCAACAACAGACAUAGUUAUGGCCUCAAUAAAUACUUGACUCUUUUUAUAAUUUAUAUUUAAUGUUUCUAUAUUUUCAAGUACAUUAAAUGUGUAUUUUAAUUUUAAAUUAUUAAUCGGAGAUUAAUUUUACAAUUGACAUCGGGGUUUUUUCUUUAUUUUUUUAUCGAUAAAUUGUCUUUUUUUGUGUUUAUGUACCUCGAAGUUUCAUUAUAACUAAUAUAGUCACAUGUUAACGUUUACAAUUUGUGAUCGUAUUAAUUUUGUAUUAUUUCUAAUAAUGUAAUCGAUACACAAUCA